AUGCUCGAGAAAACGAGCUACGUGGAGCCCCACCCCCCUUUUCCACAAGGUGUGUGUUUCAAAAUAGUGCCCACCAUGACCUAUCGUUUGGCAACGUCUCUGCUCCGCCACCCGCCGACGUCUCCGGCGACAGUGGUUAGAAGGCUGGGGCUAAUGUCGAGAGGAUGGGAGAGGAAGAGAUUUUACAAGGAGGUGUCGGUCUACAAGACAGAAGAGGGCUAUGGUGUUCUUCUGGACCACAGGAAACUGAGGACCCCUCGCAGGGAGCUACUGGUCCUCCCAACUGAACCCCUGGCACUGGCUGUAGCUGGUGAGUGGGCGUCCCAAGCCUCCCUCCUUCAACCCUCCAUCAUGUAUCUGACAUCUCUGUGUAACACAGUGCAGGACAACCCUCACGACAGGUCCAGGUCCUCCACUGUGGAGACCAUCCUCCCUCACCUCCAUACUGACACUGUUCUGUACCGACAGGAGGAACAGGAAGACCUGUUUGCCCUGCAGAGCAAAGAGUGGGACCCUCUCGUUAACUGGUUCAAUCAGAGGUUUUGCACCAAACUUCAACCGAGCGCUUCCCUUGAUCCCCCCUCUCUCCCUCCCCCCCUCCUCUCCUCAGUCUCUCUGUACCUCUCCCAGCUGGAUAACUGGACUCUCCAAGGAUUCUGGUAUGCUGUGCAAUCAUGUCACUCAGUAAUAAUUACCUCGGCCCUGAUGGAGGGGCACCUCAAUGUUGACUCAGCAGUAAACCUAUCACGUCUAGAGAUAAGACAUCAGAUUGAUCACUGGGGUAGUGUGGAGUGGCAACAUGAUGUGGAGCACCAAGACCUCCGCUCAAGACUUGCAACCUCUCAUCUAGUGGCCCAGCUUGCCAAUUGGACAAUUUAG